AUGAAUUCAUUACCCUCAGAUGCUUUCAACAUGAGAGUCACAGAAGAUGAAAAUCUUCACCUUGAAGAUACUCAUCAAUUAGAGAGAUCAAAGUGGAUGCUAAACACUCCAAAUCCACCUCCUCUAUGGAAAAAACUAAUCACUCCUUUCAAGAAUAACAAGCUCUUUUCUUCUUCCAAAAAGAGAACUUGCAAUGAAAAUGCUUUUUCUUUCUUUAGUAGCUUGUUUCCAAUCCUUAACUUGCUCAAAAACUAUGAUGCUUUCAAGUUUAAAGAUGAUUUUCUAGCAGGUUUAACUCUAGCUAGUCUUAGCAUACCCCAGAGUAUAGGAUAUGCUAAUUUAGCAAAACUUGAUCCUCAAUAUGGAUUAUAUACAAGUGUUGUUCCUCCUCUUAUCUAUGCUAUGAUGGGAAGUUCAAGAGAAAUUGCAAUAGGACCUGUAGCUGUAGUUUCACUGCUACUUUCUUCUCUAUGUCACAAAGUGGUUGAUCCAGAUUUAAACCAUGAUGCUUACAGAAAUUUUGUCUUCACUGUAACAUUUUUUGCUGGAAUUUUUCAAGUUGCAUUUGGAGUUUUCAGGUUGGGAUUUCUUGUGGAUUUUCUUUCGCAUGCUGCACUUGUAGGAUUCAUGGCAGGUGCAGCAAUCAUGAUUGGUCUUCAACAGCUUAAAGGAUUGCUUGGAAUUAGCAACUUUACUAAUAAAUCUGAUGUUGUUUCUGUUCUGGAAUCUGUUUAUAAAUCACUCCGUCACCAAAUUCCAUCGGGUGAAUGGUACCCUCUGAAUUUUGUCAUUGGAUGCUCAUUUCUGAUUUUCUUAUUGUUUGCAAGAUUUAUGGGGAAAAGAAAUAAAAAGCUUUUUUGGUUACCAGCUAUUGCUCCUCUUGUAUCAGUUAUAUUAUCAACUUUUAUUGUGUAUAUUUUCAAAGCUGAUAAAAAUGGAGUUAAUAUAGUAAAACAUGUGAAAAAAGGGCUUAAUCCAAGUUCAGUUCAUCAAUUACAACUCAAUGGUGAACAUGUUGGAGAAGCAGCAAAAAUUGGAUUGAUUUCUGCUGUUAUUGCUCUCACUGAAGCAAUGGCUGUUGGUAGAUCUUUUGCUUCAAUUAAAGGAUACCAACUUGAUGGAAACAAAGAAAUGCUGGCAAUGGGUUGUGGGAACAUUGCAGGCUCUUUCACUUCAUGCUAUGUUGCAACUGGUUCAUUUUCAAGGACUGCAGUAAAUUUCAGUGCAAGAUGUCAGUCAUCAAUAUCAAACAUUGUGAUGGCAGUGACAGUGAUUCUGUGUUUGGAAUUAUUUACAAGGCUGUUAUAUUACACACCUAUGGCAAUUCUUGCUUCCAUAAUUCUCUCUGCACUUCCAGGACUAAUUGACAUAAGAGAAGCUUGUUAUAUAUGGAAGGUCGACAAAGUUGAUUUCCUUGCUUGCAUGGGUGCUUUCUUCGGUGUCUUGUUUGUAUCGGUUGAAACCGGUCUCAUUGUCGCUGUGUCAAUUUCAUUUGCGAAGAUAGUAAUACAAUCGAUUCGACCCGGAAUAGAAGUUCUAGGUAGAAUUCCCACAACAGAAGCUUUUUGUGAUGUUAGUCAAUACCCCAUGGCUACAAGUACUCCAGGCAUUUUGGUCAUUCGUAUAAGCUCUGGCUCACUCUGCUUUGCAAAUGCAAAUGUUGUUAGAGAAAGGAUACUCAAGUGGGUCACUGAAGAAGAUGGGCUUAAAGAAAUUCAAACUACUAAGGGAAGAGUCCAAGCAGUAAUAUUGGAAAUGACUAAUUUGAUGAAUGUUGAUACUUCUGGAAUUAUAGUAUUGGAAGAACUGCAUAAGAGGUUGCUCUCACGUGGCAUAAAAUUUUGUAUGGUGAAUCCAAGGUGGCUAGUAAUUCACAAGCUUAAAGUGGCACAUUUUGUGGAUAAAAUUGGGAAAGAAUGGGUUUUUCUUACCGUUGCUGAAGCUGUGGAUGCAUGCUUAUCUUAUAAAUUUGCUGACCCAUGA